GUGAAAGUCAAAGGAUUGAAAGAAUAACGAGUAAUACCAAAACUUGUUGACGACUCAAUUCUUUAUAAAAAUAAAAGAAUGAAGUAUUGGCUCACACUUUUUGUUUCCCUCUGGGCGUGUACCUUAGCAGCUGGUCUUUCCAUUGGAUCAUGGGAGAACUCUCAAUACACGCGUUCAGUAGAUCUUGCAAAGUCAUACGUUAAAGAGACAUGUAUUGUCCAAGCUAAGAAUAUUGGAGAUGAACCACAGAAUGUAUACUAUUUCACAUUGAAUGAUGGAUUGAAAGAAAUUAGUCAAGUAUCAGCAUUUGUUGCCACUUUACUUGAUCAACCAGUUGUUGUUGAUUCUGAAAUUGUUGACGAAGCCACUAAUUUGUAUAAACUCACAUUCCCAAUUCCAGUAGCUCCAGGCUCUUCAGUUCAAUUCAAAGCUCGUUAUAUAUAUCUUUCAGCCAUCCAACCACUCCCAGCUAAAAUUGAAAUGGCUGAAACUCAAAAUUUACUUUUGAAACUUAAUAAGUUUGUUUAUUCCCCAUAUGUUACCUUGGAAUAUAGUAUGAUCUUUACUGGUAUUACAAAGGGCCAAGAAAUGGAAUUACUUACUUUUACCACUGAAGAUAUCAAAGUAACUGAAAACACUCCAACCAUUAAACCUAGAGUGGAAAACAAAGCUUUGGUUUAUGGACCAGUUUUGGAAAAGCUUGACGCAUACACUGUUGAACCAAUGGGCUUAUUAUAUGAACACAACAGACCUUUAGCCAAGGUGAACUCCUUGGAAAGAUCGUUAUGGAUUCCUGCUUCCAAUGCUGAAAAGGUAUCAUUUGAAGAAUACUAUGAAUUAACUAAUGAUGCUGCACAAUUGUCUUCUGGAUUCCUGAGAAUUGAUUGGAUGAGAGGUCAUUAUGAUUCUACUCGUAAUCACUGGGCUAUUUCUCAAUUGGAUAUUAAACUCCCUGAAGAUAUUCCAGAAGGAAUUUAUUAUACCGAUAAAGUUGGUCAAGUUUCUACUUCAAAGAUUUAUCUGGACCAUUUAAUUUUAACCCCAAGAUUCCCAAUCUUUGGUGGAUGGAAUUAUAACUUUACCAUUGGAUGGUACUCUCCAGUUGCUCAACAUGUUCAUAAGAUUGCUAACACCGAUGAUACAUACAUUGUUAAAUUCCCAUUAUUGAAUUCUAUUGAUGAUAUUACUUACGAUAAAGUUGAUGUCAACUUCUAUUUACCAGAAAAUGCUGAAUUUAUUGGUGUUUCUUCUGCUAUUGACUACGAUCUGAUUACUAUUGGUGAAGAGUUAUCAUAUUUGGAUGUUUCUAGUGGUCAUGUUAAGAUUUCUUUACAUUUCAAAGAUUUGAUUGAUGACUUAUCUAAGGUUGAUUUGUAUGUUCAAUAUAAAUACACUCAAAGCAGUUAUUGGUGGAAGGUAUUCAAAAUUUCAGGCUUCGUAUUCACUGGAUUGAUGAGUUUUUACCUUUUAAGUUUAAUCGAUGUCUCCAUUGAAAAGAAAUGAUCCCUUUAUAGAAGAACCAAUUAAAUAUAAA